AUGAAGUCCCUCGCCCUCCUCAUCACACUCACUACCCUGGCAACACUCGUUACCACCGCCAUGGCAGCAAACGCAAACGCAAACCCCCCAGCUAUGCGCGACCUCCUCGAUGCCGCGUCCAAAAUGCAAGACCUGGAGGGGAAAUGCGCGGUGCAAGCUUGCAAAACAAUGCAUCCCAACGACAACGAGGAGAAGUUUCCGCAGGGCUAG